GGACCUCUCAACAUGGCGCCUUUCCGCCUCGAGCUCACCUGCGGAGGAUGAGAGCGGAGAGAGAACCCGAGAGCGGCCGGACCCACCGGCAGUCUGCCGGCCUCAGGGCUCCGUGUCCCGGUAGGACGCUCCGGAGGAGUCCGCUGUCCGUUCACCGAGGAGGAGGAGCUGCAGCCGGGCUUGUUUCUGCCGAGCAGCGCUGACAGAGAACCAGAGAGGUUAGUUACCGACAACCAGACCGGAAACCAGUGGGCAUUCCUUCAAAAUAAAACGUGUGAUUUAACAAGACCGGAAACAAUACGAUUACCUUCAAAAUAAAACCCGAAAGACAAUACCUUCAAAAUAAAAGUGAAGAUGUGUGUUUCCUGGUAGCUUCACAUGGAAAUGGAAAGAAGUGAUGACGAGUCCUUUUCACCGGUGACCACAAACAACGAGUCCUCGCCAUGUCACCCCUCCUCCUCUGCUGAUGUCAUCACUCAGGGUCACACUGUCUGUCCGGGGGCUCAGCGGGUCACAUGUUCAGUAGAUGGCGAGCAGGUGGCGUGUACGCUCUGCUCCGGGUCAGAUGACGGCACACGGGGACCAAUCAGACGCAGCUCUGAUGUCAGGGAGGCGGGGCUUAGUCUGAGAGAUGAUGUCACCCCAACAGACAGGAUCAGUCCAAAUAUGGUCACAAACUGUUGGUUGGCGUGCUCAGACACCGAGGGGUCAAAGGUUAACCGCUGUCACAGACUGGAAGGUGAUGGUCACUGUGGGGGCGGGGCUACCUCCCAGGUAGUGACCCUCGCCUCAGACUCUGACUCACAGGAAGAGGAUUUCUCUGACCCACCAGAGGUCAUCUCUGAUGAUGAAGCCUUUAUCACAGAGCCGCCGAUGGAUGAGCUGAACCUCCCCAGCGCCGCCGACGCCAACGUCAACGCCACCGCCGACGCCAACGCCACCGCCGACGCUCUCUCCAGGAACACGUACGAGUGCGGUCGCAGGCAGAGCGCUCCGGGUCAGCUGGUUCAGGAUGACGGAGGUUCAGAGUCCGAGCUUCAGUCCAGGAGACCGGGCAUCAUCGAGUACUUCAGCAGCAGGAAGCAGCGGUCCGUCAGUCACAGCGUUCCUGGUUGGAAGUUGUUUGGUAAAGUUCCUCCCAAGCAGAGUCCCUCCAGACAGGCUCGGAUCAUCCAGCAGCAGAGCGCUGAGGUCAGUCUGAGCUCUCUGGACUCUCCAGACCUCCAGGACUCUGGGGAGUUUGAGGCGCGGCAGGUGGCGGCCCGCAGCUCUCCUACCCAUCAUGCGGGGCAGCAGAGCAGGAGGAAGGUGGAGUUCGAGCCGAUGUCGACCACAGCACUGAUCCUGGAGGACCGCCCACCAAACCUUCCCGCCAAGUCAGCGGAGGAGAGCCAGAGACACAGACAGCAGUAUGAGGAGAUGGUGGCUGGAGCAAAGAGGAGAGAGCUGAAGGAGGCUCAGAGGAGGCAGCAGCAGCUGAAGGAGAAGGUCAGACAGGAGGAGGUGAUCUCCAACGCCGCCCUGAUGUGGAACCAGCACAUCCUGCCCCACUGGGACUCCAUGAAGUCAAGCCGCCGUGCUCGCGACCUGUGGUGGGGGGGUUUACCGCCCAGCGUCAGAGGUCGAGUCUGGAGCGUCGCCAUCGGCAACGAGCUGAACAUCACUGCAGAGCUGUAUGAGAUCUUCCUCUGCAGAGCGAAGGAGAAGUGGAGGAAUGUCGGUGAAACUGACGACGGACGCUCACAGGUGGACCCAGAGUCCGGGCUGGACCUGGUCUCACGGGACAUCUCCAGAACCUUCCCCUCGCUCUGCGUCUUCCAGAAGGGUGGCCCUUACCACGACACGCUGCAAAGCAUUCUGGGAGCUUAUACCUGCUACAGACCUGAUGUGGGAUAUGUGCAGGGUAUGUCCGCCAUGGCGGCCAUGUUGGUACUGAACAUGGACGAGGUGGAAGCCUUCGUUAGUUUCUCCAACCUGAUCAACCGACCCUGUCAGCUGACCUUCUGCAGGGUGGAGCACCAGCAGAUGCUCAGGUAUUUCGGGGCCUUCCAGGUGUUCUUCCAGGAGAGUCUUCCUCGUCUCUUCCUCCACUUCCAGUCUUCUGGUCUGACCCCUGACCUCUACCUCAUGGACUGGAUCCUGUCUCUCUACACGAAGCCCCUCCCCCUGGACGUGGCGAGCAGAGUUUGGGACGUUUUCUUUCGGGACGGAGAAGAGUUCCUGUUCAGGACGGCUCUGGGGAUCCUGAGACUCUACCAGGAGGUCCUGCUGCACAUGGACCUCAUCAGCAUCGCUCAGUUCCUGUCCCGCCUCCCUAAUGAAGAGCUGCUCUCUGAUAGGCUGUUCUCCUGCAUCUCGGCCACGCCCCUACUGAGUGGGAACAGGAAGUGGAGUCAGGUCCUGUCGUCCUACAGAGAGUCUGAGAGGAGCAGCUGCUGAUCUACAGUCUGUUUUUAUUCCAGUUAAACAUUAAUAAUAAAACAUUAAAUAACUUUAACAAUAUGAAAUCAUCGUGUUUUUAAUUGUUGUGAUUUUAGUUGUGAGUGAAAGUAUUUAUUAACCUUUAUUAAUAUAACUUUAUAUCAUUUUAUCUGAUUAAAAACUGUGAAUUCAUACAAAGAUUCUGAAUGUACAGUUUGUAAUAAUAAUGUGUAAUGAUGUGUAAUAAUGUAUUUACUGUGUGUCUGUAUCUUCCUUUAUGUCCUCUUCUACUGUAUUUAUUAAAUUAUUAGUCAAUAACAAUAAA